UGGAUUGCCCUCGGGAGCCAGAUGCAGUCAGACUGACUGAGAGAGAAACUGAGGAGUGCUAUUGAUCCACAGACCUGCAGGAUGUCCAAAGCCUCCAGGUUGGCCCGGCCCCCCUCAGUCGGGGCAGGAUCCAAACUGCCCUCCCCUAGGAAGGAAUGCACUGGCACGGCCGUUGCGGGCGGUCGAGCCCGGGUGCUGAGCGUGGGCGAGAAGCUGAUGAGGGCCGGUAGCGAUGGCAUCCUGACAAGGCAGAAGUCUUUGCCGUCCACCGCAUCGGUCCCGCAGGACAAAGCACAGAGCGAGACCCAGGCUGAGACUCAGACCCCGGGCCAGAACCAGAGUCCAGGUGAGAACCACGGCCAGAAUAUGGAGAUCGUCCCGCCCAAGAGCCGGAUCAGCCCACCCAAAGCCGCAAGUCAGCAGCAGGGCUCUGUGCAGAAGCAAACCAAAGGCAACCUGAAGGUAACCUCCCCGGAAGACGUUGAGCACCUGAGCCGCAGACAGGCCUCCCCAAAUGGGACGGCCCCGUCCCGAGGAGACGCCAAAGGCAGUCGCACCGUCCCGCGCAGGCACACGGUAGGGGGAGCCCGGAGCUCCCGAGAGAUCCUAGCUAUGCAGCCAUCCGACAUGGACAAGAAGAGGGAGGCCUUCCUGGAGCACCUGAAGCAGAAGUACCCCCACCACGCCUCGGCCAUCAUGGGUCACCAGGAGAGGCUCCGAGAGCAGAGCAGAAGCCCGAAGCACGGCCCCAAUCCCCAGGCCAACGUUGGCGACCAGGUCGACCACCUCUCCCUGGCCUCGCUGGAGUCGCUGGACACCAUGUCUGAGGCUGAUGCACCCACAACCUUCACCCGCGGCAGCCGGGUCCGCGCCAGUCUCCCUGUGGUGCGAUCCACUAACCAGACGAAAGAUCGUUCGCUAGGUGUGCUGUACUUGCAAUACGGGGAUGAGACCAAACAGAUCCGCAUGCCCAACGAGAUCACCAGCACAGACACAGUCAGAGCUCUGUUUGUCAGUGCCUUCCCGCAGCAGCUCACCAUGAAGAUGCUGGAGUCCCCCAGUGUCGCCGUCUACGUCAAAGACGACAUGAGGAACAUGUACUAUGAACUCUCCGACGUGAGGAACAUCACAGAUCACUCCUGCCUGAAAGUCUACCACAAAGACCCAGCCCAGGCUUUCAGCCAUGCACCCAGACCUGCCAACGGCGAUGCCAGGAUGCACAGAGAGAUGAUAUAUGCUAGCAGAGAUGGCCAGCACACUUUGAGACAGCCGCCUAUGGGCCCUCCACCACACCAUCCCAUGCAGGGAUCCCUGUCUCCUCCCACACCCCACUCUAUGCCCCCUUCCCCCUCCAGGAUCCCCUUUGGCCCACGCCAGGCCUCCAUUCCUGGCAGUGCCACCAUCCCAAGGGACCGACUGUCCAAUGCCAACCCUCCAGCCCGUUCUGUCUCGCCCUGCCCCAGCGCCAUCCUGGAGAGACGGGAUGUCAAGCCUGAUGAGGACAUGGGUGGCAAGAGCCACAGUCUAUCCAGGGGAAAUGAGGGGUUGUAUGCAGACCCCUACCUGCUCCAAGAGGGAAGGAUGAGCCUAGUUACUGCCCAUGGAGGGCACCCUGCCCCUGGGCUCGAUGGUUCAGAUCACGGCCUAGGGGGGUAUCAUCGUGCCUCCAUUCGCUCCACAGGCUCUUACAGUGGGCCCAGCCCCACAGACUCCAUGGAUCACCCCUCUCUGUACAGGCAGAAGUCCAGAAACAGUCAGCUGCCUACCUUGGGCUCCAAGACCCCUCCCCCAUCCCCUCACAGGAUGGCUGAGGUACGGAUGAUUGACAUCCAUGGUGGACCCCCUCAUGGUGUGCCACCGCAUGGUGUUCCCUUGGAGCGAAGCUCACCUGUGCGACAGUCCUUCAGGAAGGAGGAGGUUGCAGGGACAAAGCCACGGAACAACAUGGCAUCACCGGUGGUUUCAGACCUCCAGGGGCACCUCCAGGGACCCAUCCCAGCAACCAGUGACCCCCAAACACGAGAGCGAAUGAAGGCUAUGGAGCAACAGAUUGCCAGCUUGACUGGUCUUGUUCAGCAUGCACUUUUAAAGGGGCCAAACACUAGUGGCACCAAGGAACCUCUAAGUGAGAGACCACCGAAGACAUCAUCUCCAGCCCACAGUGCACAUAGUGCAGGUGGUUCCCCAGUCUUGGCUCCCAAGAGCAACUCAGCCUCAUCAGACAUUGGCACAGUCCCUCUCAAAGUCAACCUGUUGCAGUUCAGGAAGAAUGUGUCUGACCUCCGCUUGCAGCUCCAUCAGAUGAGACAGCUGCAGCUCCAGAAUCAGGAGGCACUACGUGUACAGCUGAAGCGUGCAGAGCAGGAAAUCAGUGUGAAACUAGCAGAAGCCAUGCGGCGUCAGGAGGACCCUGUCCAGAGGCAGAGGACUUUGGUCGAAGAGGAUAGGCACAAAUACCUGGGUCUGGAGGAGCGGGUUCUCACGCAGCUAGGUGAGCUGGAGCAGUAUGUGGACUCUCUGAAGAGAGAUUCGGUGGCAUCACACCGAGUGGUGACCCUGAAGGAUGUCGAAGAGGGAGCGGUCACUCUGAGGAAGGUGGGAGAGUCUCUGGCCGGGCUCAAAGGAGAGUUCCCGGCCCUCCAAACCAGGAUGCGGGCAGUGCUCAGGGUUGAGGUGGAGGCGGUCAAGUUUUUGAAGGAGGAACCGCACAAACUGGACAGUAUGCUGAAGAGGGUCAAGAGCCUGACAGAGACACUCAGCAGUCUGAGGAGAUGUGCUACCGAGGCUGUUCAGAAGGGACCCGACUCCUCUGCUAAUGUCUCAGCACCAGUGGACAACAGCCCUGCAGCAGCAGCAGAGGCUGCCGCCGACGCUCCUGCAGCACUGGCCCAGCCCGGCUCCACCUCAGCCCUGCCGGAGCCCCAGAGCUCCACCAUCAGAUCAGAGGUGAUGCCCUCUUCCCCAGUGGUCAUCCAUCAUGUCCAGAGCUCCCCGGUCCACAUGCAGCAGUCCCAGCAGUCUGCUGCCUUGAUGGCUCAGCCCAGUCCCCCACUCAUCCCUAGCCCCACUCAUGUUCCCAGCCCCAGCCCCAGCCAGGGCCAAGGCCAAGGCCAAGGCCGGGAAUCCCCCAAGGGGUCAACCUCGGAUCCUCCCAGCCCGGCCCAUCACAAGAAGGCUCAUGGCAACCCGGUGAAUAAUGGCAAUGGCAUUGCCAACCAGGAUCUUGUCAUAGAAGAGCUCCAGAGCAGUCAGGGCAAGAGCAAAAACAGAGCUAUGUCCAUAGAGGCUGCAGAGAAGGAGUGGGAAGAGAAAAGGCAGAAUAUCGGUCAUUAUGAUGGGAAAGAGUUUGAGAAGAUCCUCCAGGAGGCCCAGGCUAACAUGAUGAAGGGCAUUCCUAGUCUGGAUGUGGAUGAGAACCAAACACUGUCCCCUGCUCCCACCAACCAAGCCGACACCAACCAUCCUGUGGAGCCAGCAUCAGAAGAGCCACAGCCUGAGCUCAGCUCAGACAAACCAGCCAAGCAGGGACCUGAGAAACCCCCUAAGCCUGUGUUAGAAAAACCAGCCAAGCCUACACUGGAGAGGCCCUCCAAGGCUGGCAUUGAGCGGCCCUCCACUACCAAGCUAGCACCCACUGACAAGACUACCAAGGUGGGAUCAGAGAAAGCAAGCAAAUCGCCGCCACCUCCUCCUCCUAGGAAGACUUACACCAGCUCCAGCUCAGGCAUGACCACCACACGCUCUGGGGAAGUUGUGUACACCAGCAGAAAGGAGUCUGUCUCGGCUCAGGAGGGAGAAGAGGAAGCCCAACCUCCUGCUCCCCAACCGAAGCCCGCCAAGGUUCCCCCAGAGACCAAGCCCAAGUCUACCACUCCUCCCCCUGUCACAGCUGCUGUUAACAGAGAUGAGGAGGAUGAUGGGGACAAGAUCAUGGCAGAACUCCAGGUUUUCCAGAAGUGCACAGUUAAGGAUGUAGGGGUGAAAAAUUCAGUAGAGCCCACUGCUCGAAUUGAACCACAAAUCAGAGAGCUAAGACCGGGGGCAUUAUUGCCCCUCAAAGAGAAAAAGCAGAACUCAGAGCCCAGUCGAGAGGACAAAGAUCCAGACACAGAUGAAAAUGGCAAUACUACCGUCCGACAGAGCCAAGGGGUCAUAUACUAUGUGACUGGACAGAUUUCCAAAGAGCAUCCACCCCCAUCAGAAAUGGAGGAAACCCCUGAAAGCCGAGACCCCACACUGGCCCCAUCACAGGUGUCAAACGUCAUUGUUAAUGACAAUUGUCCAAGCCAGAAACAGCAGGAACAGCCACUGUCAGAGCCACCAAAAUCACCCCCGCCUAUUACGCCUCCACCUAUAUCACCCAAGCCUGUGGGGCUGAAUGGUUUCAAACUGCCUAAGAAGCAUCUAAAACGCUCCGAGUCCUUGAAGACCAGUGCAGAAGUGGAGAAAGGAAAUAUUAUCCGCAACCAGAUUAACACUGAAAAGAAAUUAAAGUCUUCUGUCAUUCAAGAGCAUAUUUCUUCUAGUAAGAGUGUAAUACCUGAGCCUGUGGCCAGCACAACAACCAGCGCAAAAAAAGAGGGGCUGAAGAGUGCAGUUAAGCCGUCAGAGAUAACUCUUAGUGAGGACAGUGACCUACCCAAAGCUAAGUGUGAGGAGAUAAAUGAGGAGGCAAGUCUUAGCCCUGAUCUUCCUGGAGAGGAGGCACCUCCACCCCCUGAUAACAUAGCCUUUAUGAUCACCAACACCAAGGUUCAGGCCCUGUCCUGUGGAGAGUACCAGGAGCUGGUCAAUGCCAAGAAGGGAAGUGUCCAGACUGUCACUGUAGGUGGGGCUGGAAACAGGGAAAAUGCUCCAGGAAACUCCACCGUGGAUCCCACUGUGCCGCAGGAUAAUGGCUUCAACAAGAAGCCUGUCAUCAUCAUUUUUGAGGAGCCCAUGGACAUCCGUUCAGCCUACAAGCGCCUUUCCACCAUUUUUGAGUGUGAGGAGGAAAUGGAGAGGAUGCUAGCAGAAGAACGGAUUGAGGAGGAGAGUGAGGAGUCGGACACGGAAAGGAGUAGUGGCCUGCAGGUAAAGGUCGGAGGGCCCGAGGUGGGUAAUGACAUUGUCCAGAAGGGCAGCAGUGGCCUGAGCUCUUCGCAGGUUGCUGCAGACCACACUAGCUUAUCAUCUUCUUCCUCAUCUUCCAUCUCUGAACUGACGGAGGGUGGGGCCUUGGAGUCAAGUGGAGACAUUAAGCAGGAUGGCAAGAAGAAAUUCAAGUUUAAGUUCCCCAAGAAACAGCUGGCGGCAUUGACCCAGGCUCUUCGCACAGGCACCAAGUCAGGCAAGAAGACCCUACAGGUGGUGGUGUAUGAGGACGAGGAGGAAUUUGACGGUACCAUUAGACAGCACAAAGAAGCAAAGAGGUUUGAUAUCGCGCGCAAGGCCCAAGGCUCAGCUCCGGUGAAGAGGGAGAACCCUGACUCCCUCUGCAGGACAGAUGAGAUCCGGAAGAGCACCUACAAGACUCUGGAUAGCCUGGAGCAGACCAUCAAGCAGCUGGAGACCACUAUUAGUGAAAUGGGACCAUGCUCCUCUGAGGAGCCGGCCCGUGUGGAGGAGGCUAAAGGGGGGAAUGGGAAUAGUUCAGAGGGAGGGUUGAAGAGGUCGGCCUCUCUCCCUUCCUCCAAAGGCUCAGGCCCUAAGGUCUCUCUACCGAGCAAAAGCUCACUGCUUAAGAAGACAAAACCUCAGCUCCUCCCUCGCCCUGUAGUGAUCCCUACUACUACCACCACCACCACCACCACCACCACUGUCCCCAGUGCCCCCAGCACCGUACAACAGAAUGCCAGUGUCGCUUCCCCUACUAGUCGGAUGCCCGUCCCCUUGUCUGCGAAGUCCAGGCAGUCACCGGGUACUACCGACAAAGCAGGAAAACAGCAAAAACUACAGGAUGCUCAGAGGCAGUUCCGACAGGCUAACGGAAGUGCUAAAAGAGUGGGAGGGGAUCAUAAAACUACUUCCCCUACUGUACCCGCCUCUAAAAUCCCUGCUUUUUAUCCUAGCUCUAAUAAAGGCAACUCCCAGUCUGCUCAGAACUCAGAUGCUACUAACCCCAUUAACCCUUCCUGUCCUCCCUCAUGCUCCUCCUCCUCCUCCUCCUCCUCCUCUACGACCAAGUCCUCCAUCCCGUCCCCUCACACCCCUCGUUCCGGCUCUGUCCCCUCCUCCCACAUCCCUUCCCUGUCUAACGGAUCCCUCAAACUCCCGACACCCUCACAGCAUACAGGUAAAGCUCUCUCGUUCUCCUCGCAGACUCAGAAUGGUCGAGCACACUCCUCCUCCUCUUCCUUCUCCUCCUCAUCCUCCUCCUCCCCCUCCCCUCUGUCGCCCACACCUUUGGGCCCAGGUGGAAAGAGCAUCCGCACCAUACACACCCCCAGCUUCACCAGCUACAGGCCCCACAACGGCAGCAGCGGCAAAUCCUGCAUCCCAACAGCCACAGCAGCUAAGGACACAACCUAGCCCCAGUAUAGCCCUUCUGGCUUUAUCGCAUCGCAGGUAGACUUGUUCAUGUCUCAUUUUAGAUGAUUUUGGUUUGUUGAUUUUGUUUAUUGUUUUGUUUAUUUUCCCUUUCUUUUUGGUGGAUGUAAAAGUGUUUAGUGAUGCACUCUCCCCACAUUUAUGUUUUAUUUGACACUGGCAUUUUCACACCAAUGCUUUUAUCUCUUUUGAGUUGCGUUUUCCCAUUUCGGACUAUAUAUUGAACUUGAAAUUUGAUUCUUUCUGAAAGGUGUAUCGGAUGUACUGACAAAAUAAUUUAAAACAUAACUAAAAAUGAUAUAGUUUUACCACUUUGUAGUUGAAGUGGAAGGCUCUCACUAAUUGAGGCUCUCUCUCUCAUGGUGUUGAAAAUAUAUUUUUCUUGCAGUAGCUAUGAAUAGAGAAUAUAGAGUUGAUGUAAAAUCACAAUGACCAUGUAAAAAGUGUAUGUGUUUUAUUUUUCAAACCAGAGACUGGAUAACCAUAGUAUAUUUUAUUCUUCUAUAUUUCUUAUGUUGCCAGACAUUCAACACAGCCCUUGUAGAUGCCUUUUAUGAAUGUAUACAUAAUGUAUACAGACCUUUUAAAGUUGAACUGCAUUAACUUGUGUUUUUUGGGUUUUUUUUAAAAUAAUAUUUUCUCAUACUUACCCAUAUGCACUGCCAAUUUCUUUUAUAGAUAUGUAAAACUGGUAUCAUGAGUUAUACAAGUUUUCAUUUUAGUGUGCCUAUUUGCCAAAGUUGUUGUACAGUAUGUCACUUCAGGCCUAUGCCAAUCAUGGGAUUUAGGGGAAUUUUACAUGCACUCUCUGGGCGUGACGGCCGAAGUCUUGACCUCAGUAGUUUUAUUUGAGGUCUCUGUUUCUUAAGUUAACAUUUAUCAUUGUCUAAACGUAAACUGUACUAAAAACAAAGUGAUGAAACUGUUCUAAAACAUGUACAUAGUUGCUUCUAAUAAGAAAAUGAGUAGUUUUGUUAACAUACCAAAGUUUAUUUGUAUGCAUGCCUUUCAAAUACUUUAGGAGAGUGGUGUAAAAGAAGAAUUAUGUUUGCACAGAUAGAUAGAUUUUGUAAAUAUUUGGUUUUCUCUCAUUUUUGUAAAGCUUUAAACCAUACUACAAAAAGAGCAAUGUGGUUAAGAAAAAAAAAACUGUGUUGGAGUAGCAACAAUAAAGACUUGCAUGCUUGUAAUGCA